GGUGGCCGGGCCGGGCCGGGCUGGGCUCGGCCGGGCCAAGGCGAGUGGCGCUAGGGACUGCCGUGCGGGCCUUCCUCCCAUCCGAUCUGUCCCAGCCUGCGGUCACAGGCUAAAAAGAGCUGACCAUACUGCUUGUAAUUAACUGGCGGAAAUUUCAGUUGGAAGCAAUUUGAAUGAUGGCGGCUGAUUCAAAGGGAAAGAGAAGGGGUUCAAGACAGCCAAAAUGUGCUUUCUGUAAACUGAAUAAGGAGGAACAUUGUGGCCAGUUAUUAGUUGCCCAAAGCCAGAAGAUGGCAGCACAUCACAGGUGUAUGUUAUUUUCAUCUGCACUAGUGACUACACAUUCUGAGAAUGAGACUCUUGGAGGAUUCUUGCUUGAGGAUAUUAAGAAGGAAAUAAAAAGAGGAAAUAAACUGAGCUGCUCUUGCUGUCACCGCCCAGGGGCAACAAUUGGAUGUGACGUAAAAACUUGUCGUAGAACUUACCAUUACUAUUGUGCAAAGCUUGACAAAGCUCAAAUAAAGGAAGAUCCAUCUCAGGGGAUAUAUUUGAUUCUCUGCCAAAAGCAUAAAGAAGGUGCAGAGGAUUCCAGCGAGGAUGGUCUCCCAGGAAACCUGACAAUGUGUCCUACAGGUCAUCGAAGAGGUGUUCGGGGAGGACAGAGAGGAAAAAGAAGAGUUCCUAACUCAAAAGAUGAGUCAGAUGAUGCCAUGUCUACAUCCUCCCAAGGAAAAGAUGAAACUAGUUGCAGUUCCUAUAGGGAACGAUCUCCUCACUGCAGCAGUCCCACAAUUACAGGGCCAAAGUGUGGAUUCUGCCAUGCUGGAGAUGAAGAAAACGAGACCAGAGGAAAGCUGCACACCUCAAAUGCUAAAAAGGUUGCAGCACAUUACAAAUGCAUGCUAUUUUCUUCUGGCACUGUUCAACUCACAACUUCAUCUAGAAAAGAUUUUGGUGACUUUGAUAUUAAAACAGUCAUUCAAGAAAUCAAAAGGGGCAAAAGAAUGAAAUGUACGUUAUGCAGUCAAAUUGGUGCAACUAUUGGCUGUGAAAUUAAAGCUUGCAUCAAGACUUACCAUUACCACUGUGCAGUUGAAGAUCGAGCCAAAUUCAUAGAGAAUCUUGACAGAGGGAUCUACAGGUACUGA